CUCCUCCACAUAACACCAGUGUGAGCUCUCUCUGUAGGUCUUGUGACUCUGCUGCUGGCAACAACAUGAUCACUACUGCUGUGAAGUUCACACUACUGCUGCUGCUGGCUCUGCUGGGCUUCUCUCAGGGCCACCAGAACAACAACUACAUCAUCGAUGAAGGAGAAGUAGAGGAAGAGGUGGAGUCUGUUGUUCAGGCCUCUAAAUUUGGAUCUCUGUGGCCUCUGCCGCAGAAAGCUCAAAUCUCUGAUGUAGCAUUCAAGAUGACCAGCUUCAGCUUCAAGAUAGUUGAUGCCAAACAGUCAACAGCUGGGCAGAGCUGCAGCCUCCUGCAGGAUGCAUACAGGAGGUAUUAUGAGUACAUGUUUGGCAGCAAUAGGAGACAGGAGCUGAUGAAGAGAAGCAGAGGAACAGGUCCAGUAGAGCUCACUGAGCUGCAGGUGUGGAUCACAUCAGCUGACUCUGAGUGUGACGGUUAUCCUAGUGUGUCUUCUGAUGAGUCAUAUGAGCUGUCCGUGGAUCAGCCGUACGCUAUCCUGAAAGCACCGAAGGUCUGGGGAGCCCUGCACGGUCUGGAAACUUUCAGCCAGUUGGUGUAUGAAGAUGAAUAUGGAGCAAAAACCAUCAAUUCAACAACAGUCAGUGACUUCCCCAGAUUUGCCCAUCGAGGCAUCUUACUGGACAGCUCGCGCCAUUUCCUGCCCAUUAAAGUCAUCUUGGCCAAUCUGGAAACAAUGGCGAUGAACAAAUUCAACGUUUUCCACUGGCACAUCGUGGACGAUCCAUCCUUCCCGUACCUGAGCCGAACGUUCCCACAGCUGAGCCAGCAGGGAGCGUACCACCCGUACACACAUGUGUAUACACCCGCUGACGUGAAGAUGGUGAUCGAGUUUGGCCGUCUGCGAGGCAUUCGUGUUAUCCCGGAGUUUGACACUCCAGGUCACACACAGUCUUGGGGCAAAGGCCAGAAAGAUCUGCUCACACCGUGUUACUCCGGCUCCAAACCCUCUGGCACCUUCGGACCGGUGAACCCCAUCCUGAACACCACCUAUGACUUCAUGAGCCAGUUCUUCAAGGAGAUCAGCACCGUGUUCCCUGAUGCCUACAUUCACCUGGGAGGGGAUGAAGUGGACUUCACCUGCUGGAAGUCCAACCCGGACAUCCAGAAGUUCAUGGAGCAGCAGGGCUUCGGACAAGACUACAGCAAACUGGAAUCGUUCUAUAUCCAAAAACUCUUGGAUAUCGUCACCGCCACCAAGAAGGGCUACAUGAUCUGGCAGGAGGUGUUUGACAACGGUGUGAAGCUGAAACCAGACACACUUAUCCACGUUUGGAAAGGAAACCAGGAGCAAUACCAGAGUGAGAUGGCAAAAGUUACAUCGUCAGGGUACCAGACCCUGCUGUCCACUCCCUGGUACCUGAACCGUAUCUCCUACGGCCAGGACUGGCACGGCCAUUACAAGGCCGACCCACAGGAUUUCAAGGGAACUGAAGCACAAAAGAAGCUUGUGAUUGGUGGAGAAGCCUGUUUGUGGGGCGAGUAUGUGGACGCCACCAACCUGACACCCAGACUCUGGCCUCGUGCCAGUGCUGUGGCAGAGCGGCUGUGGAGUGCCAAGGAUGUGACGGACAUCAACGAUGCCUUCAACAGACUGUCUCUGCACCGCUGUCGCAUGGUGGAGCGUGGGAUCCCAGCUGAGCCGCUGUUUUCCAGCUACUGUCCCCGUGAAUACAGAGGUGUCUGAAAACAACGGAGAGGCUGGCCGUGGGAACAAGAAAGGGAAGCGAAUCCACAUACAAUCAACUCUGUGCUUGUAUUUCAAACUAAGAAAUCAAAUGCUUGACUGCCUAUGUGGAAAUGUCACAAAUUUUUUAAAUCUGCUCUACAGAACUCCUCUUGAUCACAUCUAAUGUCAUAAACAUCUUGAAUUUAUGCACUCUAUUUUUAUGAAUGUUUGUAUGAUUGAUUGUGAAUAAAAUGUUGACAGUUUU